AUGGGUAAGACGAAAGACAUAAGCACUGAUGAAGAUAUAACUGUAGAAACUAAUGAAAUAUGUCCACAAAAGAGACAUAAAAAACACAAACAUAAAAAGCAUAAGAAAAAGAAACCAAUGCACGAUGAAGGUGAAGGUUUUAGUGAUGUUCCUAUUGAAAUGGAGAAGAAGAAAGCAUUUAGAGUUAAAAUGAAGAAGGAUGAUGAUAAAAGUUUAGAAAAGCCUCGUGAGAAAGUGAUAAAAACAGCUAAUCUCAGUGUUGCGGGUUCAAGUACUGCACCAUCACCAAAAGCCACAACAAAGAAAAAAGUUCCAAAGGGUAAUAAAGGUAAGGAUAGUGGUACUAGUAGUGAAGAGGAACGAUGGCUUGAUGCAAUAGAGUCUGGAAAACUGGAAGAGGUUGACGAUGAAUUAAAGAAAAUUAAACCAAAGGAUCCAAAACUAAUGACAGCACGUCAAAGAGCGAUGUUUGAAAGGAAGACUGAUACAGAACCAAAUCCAGGUGUAGAACAACUUAUGUCUUUACCAACUGGAUACAAAGAAAAAGUUAUGACAGCUGAAGCUAUACAAAAGGCUGCUCUUAAAUCUUUAAAAAGAAAGCAACUUGCUGAUGAGAAAAGAGAAAAGGAUAAGAAAAAAACAAUGGAGAGAUUAUUGAAGAAACAAGAAUCCAAAGCCUCUAAAGUUAUUAGUAAAGGAAAACCUUCCAGAAGACAAGUUCCUUUAGUUACGUAUCGAUUAACAAUCGAGAGAAGCUCAAUAUCGUUACCUCCAGGAGAAGAUUUUCCAUUGCAGCCUACACAAGGAAGAGAACCUCCAGCCCAAAUCCUCUGUGGCGUAAAUGAAUGUAAAAAUCUGAAAAAAUAUUCGUGCUCAAAGACUGGAGUGCCACUGUGUAGUUUAAAGUGUUACAAAACUAAUUUAGCAAUAUCCACUUGA